UGGAUACCAAACGCCGUUAAACAUCGAAGAAGAGUGGCUAGCUGGUAUUGGUAGCAACUUCUCAAAGUUAAGUUCCAAGUCUUCCAUGUCUGAACCCAAGUUCAGAGAGUCCCUGGGUUCUGGCUGUGGUGUUCCAGACCAGAGAACCUCAAAUCAGGAUUCAGAGAUGAUCUCAGUGAAGCUGGAGGACUGCAGUCAACCACUGGAACUUAAUGUGAUUGUCAAAGAAGAGCUAGAAGUCCUAGAGGAAGAGGUGACUGUCAAAGAGGAGGCGGAGGAGGAGAGAGCAGUCGGGGAGGAGGAGAGAGCAGUCGGGGAGGAGGAGAGAGCAGUCGGAGAGGAGGAGAGAGCAGUCGGAGAGGAGGAGAGAGCAGUCGGAGAGGAGGUGGAGGAGAGAGCAGUUGGAGAGGAGGUGGAGGAGAGAGCAGUUGGAGAGGAGGUGGAGGAGAGAGCAAUCAAAGAGGAAGAGGAGGAGAGAGCAGUCGGAGAGGAGGUGAAGGAGAGAGCAGUCGGAGAGGAGGUGGAGGAGAGAGCAGUCAAAGAGGAGGUGGAGGAGAGAGCAAUCAAAGAGGAAGAGGAGGAGAGAGCAGUCAAAGAGGAAGAGGAGGAGAGAGUAGUCAGAGAGGAGGUGGAGGAGAGAGCAGUCAAAGAGGAAGAGGAGGAGCGUGUCAUCACAGAGGCGCCGGAGGAAAGACCACUCAAAGAGGAGGUGAAGGAGAGCGGAGUCAACGACGAGGAGAGUCCAGUCAAAGAAGAGAACAGGGAUGGGUCUUCUCCAGAUCUAGAGGAAGAGGAAGUAGAUAGUAUCACUGAUCCAGGAGAGAUCUCCAACCCAGGUUCAGACAGUGAGCCCAGUUCCACAGCAUCAGGAAACCAUAAACAACACAGAUGGAGGAACUCAAGACAGAAACAUCACCACUGCAUGGACUGCUUCGCUAGUUUCUAUGAUCCAGAGGAGUUGAGAAGGCACACUUGUAGGCCCCACCCCUGCUCAGAUUGCAGAGGCAGUUUUAUUUGUCCAAUUCACCUCAAAUCACACCAACAGACUCACAGAAUAAAGAAGAUUUACCCGUGUGAUCAAUGUGGGAAGAGCUUUCCGACACCAAGCAAACGAAUGACGCACCAGAAAACUCACACAGGAGAGAGGCCUUACCACUGCUCCCAAUGUGGGACGAGCGUCAGGAAUUUAGCACAUCUAAAGCGACACCAGAGGAUAAUACACCUGGGAGAGAAGCCUUACCACUGCUCUGUGUGAUAAGCGCUUCAGUCAGGCAGGUCACCUGAAGAAACACUAGCGAACUCACACUGGAGAGAAGCCUUACCACUGCUCUCAAUGUGGGAAGAGCUGCAGUCAGACAGCAGACCUAAAGAGGCACCAGCUAACGCACAUCGGAGAGAAGCCUUACCACUGCUCUCGGUGUGGGAAGAGUUUCAGGCAUUUAACAACUCUGAAGAUGCACCAGAUGAGAAGCUUUUCCACUGCUGAUAGUGUGGGAAGAGUUUUAAAUGCAUAAAAUAACAUCAGAAGAUGUUGCCCAACACUGACCUUUAUAAUGGUGUUGCCACGCUGGGAAUCUAACCAAUAUUGACUGAGUUGGUUUUUUUUCUUCUCCAACCUGAUGUACAUUGUCAUAUAAAACAUGUACCAAAGCUUAUGAAAUAUGACACGAGGGUCACAUUUUAAAUUAAAGUGUCUAUUCCUC